AUGGUUAGGGGUUCCUCAGCCGACCCCACCAAAGUGUGUAUGGCCCAGCUGGAGGCUGCAGAGCAGUACCUAGCUGGGAUCUACAAGCUAGCUUGUAGUUUGCAGGGAAAAUCGGACCCAGCUAGCGUUUCAAUGUUCAGAGUCCGUUUUGAGGACUUAAAAGAGAUGCGUGACCUAUAUCGGGACGCCUACACGAGCCUGAAGGGUCUGUCGGUUGAGGAGUCCGCGCUGGAACAGGCUGACCAUAAUUAUAUAAAAUUCUGUGAGAUGGUCUAUUCCGUGAAAGUGAUAGCAGAGGGAUUUUUAUCGACUAGCAGCGGUACUCGGGUGGAGCCGAGAUCAACUCAAUUUCAACUACCCAAAAUAAAUCUACCGAGUUUCUCGGGUGUCUACACCGAGUGGCCCAACUUCAUAGGGUUGUUCGAUAGCCUCAUCCACAACAAUGAGGGUCUGUCCAGUGUACAGAAAAUGCAUUACUUGGUCGGCGCAUUGGAUAGGGAACCUCUCGCCUUAGUUAAGCACCUGCAGUUGUCCGACGGAAACUAUAGUAUUGCUUAUCAGCUUCUCAAGGAGCGCUAUGAAAAUAAGAGGCUUAUAGCUGAUAAGCACCUAGAAGCCAUACUGUCCACAUCAUUGGGACAGGGUUCAGCAGUCAACCUCCGCAAAUUUGUUAAUGUUAUUAAGGAGAACAGUAUGGCUCUCGGUGCUUUAGGCUUUGAUGUGAAGUCCUGGAGCUUCUUAUUACUCCACAUCAUCCUUAGGAAACUUACCCAAGACCUUAGAAGUAGGUUUGAGCUUAGCCUCGAUGGUUCUUCUAGCACCAUACCCACAUUCUCCUGCUUGCUUGCCUUCUUGGAGAACCAGCUUAGGGUGUUGGAGGCUGUUGGUGGCUCCAGGGGUUCAAGCAACCAGGGGACUCCGGGGACUUCACAAACCAGAACAAGUCUUGCCGCUAUGGACAUUUCAUGUGUGCUCUGUAGGGGUAGCCAUAGUAUUUAUAACUGCGACACAUUCAACGCCAUGACACCUAGCCAACUCAUCAUCAUCAUCGCCCCGAUAGCUUCCACAUCAUCAUCAUCUAUGGAAGUGCUCUCUGAAAGUCUACCCGCAGUGUCCGGGCACUCGGCUGCAUCCCUCAACUCGACGGUCUCUGACGGUAGGGUGCAGAGCACCAUGCUGCUGGGAACAGCGAUGGUCGGAGUACUUGACUGUAAUGGUCACGUACAUAUAGUGAGAGCCUUGUUGGACAGCGGAUCUCAGGUAUCAAUUGUUACGGAGAAUUUGGCCCAGAAGCUGCGGCUUCCCCGCAGUUCAUCUGGCAGUUUGUAUGGUUUGGGAGGUUCAUCUGCUCAGCGGACCAAUGGCAGCAUUGAGAUCCGAGUGACAUCCCGUCAUGAUCGGUCAGCUCCUGGGUUGGUAACCACAGCUGUAGUUUUAAAGCGCAUCACGGGUAAUCUCCCUACUGCUUCUGUAUCUCCACGUGUCAUGGAGCGGUGCCAACAUCUUAUGCUUGCAGAUGACAGGCUGUCCACCCCGGGUCCCAUCGAUGUCCUCAUAGGCGUGGACCUGUAUAGUCAGGUGUUCAAGGGCGGUUCUUACCAGUUGGGUGAAGGGUUUCCCACAGCGCAUGAAUCUGUGUUUGGGUGGAUUUUGAUGGAGCAAGCGCCAGUCAACUCUCAAGUGUGUAGUCUCAUGUCUCUGUCUUGCACGACCGACGAGCUGAACUCUACCUUGUCCAAGUUCUGGGAGGUAGAGGAGGUUCCAGCCACCGCCGUGCAAGAUCCAGAGAACAUUCUUUGUGAAAGGCAUUUUGUGGAGACACACACUCGGGACGAGACGGGACAGUUUAUUGUGCGACUUCCCUUCAAAUCCACCCACAUGCCUCUGGGCGAUACCCGUACAUACGCCUUGAAAAGGUUCUUUAACUUAGAGCGCAAGCUACAGAGAGACGCCAGGCUUCUGUAG